AGAACGCUGUUGCUAGAAAUAGGACAAUCGCAUCACUACCACUAAGCAAUUUGCAUUCUGUGGACCAGCCCCUAAAUUCCUCCCGGCUCCUUCUGCCCUUUGGGCUUUGCAUUUCUGGACGCUCUUAGAUGGUGGGUGCUCGAACUUAGCUGUCUGGUUUCAUCAAGGACCCUACCCAAAAGAGGAAGCAGCAAGAAAAUUUGCUUUGUUUGCAGGAAACUGAUCGAGCUACAAGCAAAUUUUAGACAUCUGAGGAAUUGUGAAGCUUCUCGACUUCAUAUGGUUGCUGACAGGGUGGGGCAGACAAGAACCUUCUUACUUUCCUCACCAUGGAUAAUCUGUUGCCUCAGUCUCGAUUCUCUUAUUUCAAAAAAUAUCCUCUCCAUGCAAUUAGGAAAUAUCUAUCGAUGCUGAGAAACCAAAAAGCUGAAGAACAGGUUGCACGUUUUCAAAAAAUUCCUAAUGGUGAAAAUGAGACAAUGAUUCCUGUAUUGACAUCAAAAAAAGCAAGUGAAUUACCAGUCAGUGAAGUUGCAAGCAUUCUCCAAGCUGAUCUUCAGAAUGGUCUAAACAAAUGUGAAGUAAGUCAUAGGCGAGCCUUCCAUGGCUGGAAUGAGUUUGAUAUCAGUGAAGAUGAGCCACUAUGGAAGAAGUAUAUUUCUCAGUUUAAAAAUCCCCUUAUUAUGCUGCUUCUGGCUUCUGCAGUCAUCAGUGUUUUAAUGCAUCAGUUUGAUGAUGCUGUCAGUAUCACUGUGGCAAUACUUAUCGUCGUCACGGUUGCCUUUGUUCAGGAAUAUCGUUCAGAAAAAUCUCUUGAAGAACUGAGUAAACUUAUGCCACCAGAAUGCCAUUGUGUACGUGAAGGAAAAUUGGAACAUACACUUGCUCGAGACCUGGUUCCAGGUGAUACAGUUUGCCUUUCUGUUGGGGACAGAGUUCCUGCUGAUUUACGCUUGUUUGAGGCUGUGGAUCUUUCCAUUGAUGAGUCCAGCUUAACAGGAGAGACAACACCUUGUUCUAAAGUGACUGCUCCUCAGCCGGCUGCAACUAAUGGGGAUCUUGCAUCAAGAAGUAACAUUGCCUUCAUGGGAACCCUAGUCAGAUGUGGCAAAGCAAAGGGUAUUGUCAUUGGAACAGGAGAAAAUUCUGAAUUUGGAGAGGUUUUUAAAAUGAUGCAAGCAGAAGAAGCACCAAAAACCCCUCUGCAGAAGAGCAUGGACCUUUUAGGAAAACAACUUUCCUUUUAUUCCUUUGGUAUAAUAGGUAUCAUCAUGUUGGUUGGCUGGUUACUAGGAAAAGAUAUCCUGGAAAUGUUUACUAUUAGUGUAAGUUUGGCUGUGGCAGCAAUUCCUGAGGGUCUUCCGAUUGUGGUCACAGUGACUCUGGCCCUUGGUGUUAUGAGAAUGGUGAAGAAGAGGGCCAUUGUGAAAAAACUGCCUAUUGUUGAAACUCUGGGCUGUUGUAAUGUGAUUUGUUCGGAUAAAACUGGAACACUGACAAAGAAUGAAAUGACUGUUACUCACAUAUUUACUUCGGAUGGUCUGCAUGCUGAGGUUACUGGUGUUGGCUACAAUCCAUUUGGAGAAGUGAUUGUUGAUGGUGAUGUUGUUCAUGGAUUCUAUAACCCAGCUGUUAGCAGAAUUGUUGAGGCGGGCUGUGUAUGCAAUGAUGCCGUAAUUAGAAACAACACUCUAAUGGGGAAGCCAACGGAAGGAGCCUUAAUUGCUCUGGCAAUGAAGAUGGGUCUUGACGGACUUCAACAGGACUAUAUCAGAAAAGCUGAAUAUCCUUUUAGCUCUGAGCAAAAGUGGAUGGCUGUUAAGUGUGUACACCGAACUCAGCAGGAUGGACCUGAGAUUUGUUUUAUGAAGGGUGCUUAUGAACAAGUGAUUAAGUAUUGUACUACAUACUAUAGCAAAGGGCAAACUGUGACACUUACCCAGCAGCAGAGAGAUCUCUACCAACAAGAGAAGGCACGUAUGGGCUCUGCAGGACUCCGAGUUCUUGCUUUAGCUUCUGGUCCUGAACUGGGACAGCUGGCAUUUCUUGGCCUGGUGGGAAUCAUUGAUCCUCCUAGAACUGGUGUGAAAGAAGCUGUUACAACACUCAUUGCCUCAGGAGUAUCUAUAAAAAUGAUUACUGGAGACUCACAGGAGACUGCCAUUGCAAUCGCUAGUCGUCUGGGAUUGUAUUCCAAAACUUCCCAGUCAGUCUCUGGAGAAGAAAUAGAUGCAAUGGAUGUCCAGCAGCUUUCACAAAUAGUACCAAAGGUUGCGGUAUUUUACAGAGCUAGUCCAAGGCACAAGAUGAAAAUUAUUAAGUCUCUACAAAAGAAUGGGUCGGUUGUAGCCAUGACGGGAGAUGGAGUCAAUGAUGCAGUUGCUCUGAAGGCUGCAGACAUUGGAGUUGCAAUGGGUCAGACUGGCACAGAUGUUUGCAAAGAGGCAGCAGACAUGAUCCUUGUGGAUGAUGAUUUCCAAACCAUAAUGUCUGCAAUUGAAGAGGGUAAAGGGAUUUAUAAUAACAUUAAAAAUUUUGUUAGAUUCCAACUGAGCACGAGUAUAGCAGCAUUAACUUUAAUCUCAUUGGCUACAUUAAUGAACUUUCCUAAUCCUCUCAAUGCCAUGCAGAUUUUAUGGAUCAAUAUAAUUAUGGAUGGACCUCCAGCUCAGAGCCUUGGAGUAGAGCCGGUGGAUAAAGAUGUCAUUCGUAAGCCGCCACGCAACUGGAAGGACAGCAUUUUGACCAAAAACCUGAUACUUAAAAUACUUGUUUCAUCAAUAAUCAUUGUUUGUGGGACUUUGUUUGUCUUCUGGCGGGAGCUACGAGACAAUGUGAUAACCCCUCGAGACACGACAAUGACCUUCACAUGCUUUGUGUUUUUCGAUAUGUUCAAUGCACUAAGUUCUAGAUCCCAGACCAAGUCUGUAUUUGAGAUUGGACUCUGCAGUAAUAAAAUGUUUUGCUACGCAGUUCUUGGAUCCAUCAUGGGACAAUUAUUAGUUAUUUAUUUUCCUCCACUUCAGAAAGUUUUUCAGACCGAGAGCCUAAGUAUACUGGAUCUGCUGUUUCUUGUGGGUCUCACCUCCUCAGUGUGCAUAGUAGCGGAAAUUAUAAAGAAGGUUGAGAGGAGCAGGGAAAAGAUCCAGAAGCAUGUUAGUUCGACAUCGUCGUCUUUUCUUGAACCAUCUGAACUAGUUUCCCGUGGUGCUUACCGAGUUAGGUCUGGUUCCGGGAGAGGAGUGGACAGCAGCUGAUUGAGAUACAUCCCCAUCUGCAGACAGCACUGCCACUGACAGAAGAUGUGAGCUGUGUCUAAGUCCAGUCUCGUGCCCGGCCGUGUCUGCUCCUUCACUCUCUGGAACUCUUCAUACAACAUCCUAGCACCAACCUCCCGCAGCUCUUCCUUAUCUAGACAAAGAAACAACCCAAGGGCAGUAUUUCCAAAAACACUGUAUAGCUUGUAAUUUUCUCUAUAUAUAGAACUUUGAAUUCCAUAAAGAAAAAAAAAUUAGUUUAAAUAACCAAAGUGCUUUUCUCUUCUGGCUCUUUACUAUUUUAACGUCAAUGUAAAAGCCUUGCUGUAUAAAUUGAAAUAUUUAUACUGAAAUGCCUUUUUUAUGACAACCUAACUAUUCAACCCCAAAUUAUUUAUUUUUUUUCCCUUAAAAUAACAUCUCUUCCACUGGUUUACUACCUGACCUUAAACACCUCUGCAUCUGAACUCUACAAACCCUAAAUCUGUCUCUCUGAAAAAUACAAAUUACUAUUAAACAUCAUUCUCUUCA